AUGAAGGCCUUUCAAACCGCAAAACGCGACCUGCGUAAACGUAUGCGCGAGACCUGUCAACAGAUGUCGGUCUCGCUCAUCAAUAAACAAUCCGGUGUCGCGACCAGUAAAUUCCUGUCGCUGCCCGAAUACCAGAAUGCCCACAAUAUCGCCGUCUACCUCUCGAUGCCAACCGGAGAGCUCUCCACUAGCAGCAUCGUUCGGGAUGCAUUUGCAAGCGGGAAAAACGUGUAUAUCCCGUACAUUCACACCGUGGAAAAAACCUCCGUCAUGGAUAUGCUUGCCCUCGAAUCAAUGACGGAAUAUGAGUCACUACAGCCUGACAAAUGGGGAAUUCCUUCGCUGCAACCUACCCAAGUACUGGGUCGCCGUAAUGGCUUGACAGAGAAUGGGUUGGAUUUGAUCGUGAUGCCAGGUAUGGCAUUCGAUCGGGAGUUUCGGCGACUAGGACAUGGUAAAGGAUAUUAUGAUCAUUUUCUCACUCGUUAUGCCGAGUUAAGCAAGAAGAUGCCAUUUCUCGUGGCCUUGUCGCUCGAGGAGCAGAUGGUGGAGGAAAUACCAGUGAUGGCGCAUGACUGGCGAGUUGACGCUCUCGUCAUGGGUGAUGGACAGUAUCUAGAUCGCCAAGAUGAAAUGGAGAAAAAAGAAGCUUAG